GUUUGACGGACAUUGUACAGCCGAAUUCUUCUGUCCACGGUGGGUUCACAGGGCCCUUGAGCCGACCGUGCUGACGCACGCGCAGACAAGCGCAUCAAUCGGGUGCAUUUUGUUGUUCAAAAUCACACGCUGCAAAUUUUUUUCCUUUGACUCACCUCAAGGGGACGCUCGCCCAAAUUUUUUUGAAUCGAGACAAGGUGCGUACAUUUGUGACAGAAGAAAAGAUGAGAUACCUAGAAAUGUCAGGAGAAAGGUGCAACGUUCCAACAACUGUACGAACGUCCUGUAAUGCACGGACACACAUGACAAGCGAAAGGUGCUGUAGUUCGAUCCACCGUGGCAGAAGUAGAGUUUUUUCCUGCUGUAUGUUGUUUCGUUUGUGUUUUGAGAGUGAAGGAACCUGACCGUAACACUGUAGUUAGAGUCUUGAAAUUUUGAAUUGGUUUUGCAGCGUUGUCGAAUGUUCAGGUGCUGUCUGUGAAGAGUUCUUUGUGUUUUGUAUGCACAUGUACAGUUUUCGAAUGAAUCCUGGUGUGAGUGAAAAAGGUGCCCGAGGGAGUGCACUGUCUAGCUUGAGUUGUUGACGUGGGCGAACAAAUUUUGAAGUGCACCGGACUCAUUUGCGAACUAAAAAAUCUAGGGGAAGUGUACAGUGUCGCGCAGUGAACACUUUUCCAACCGAGUUGCAGGCCCUCUUGUCAUGUGUCACUUGCAUCGCUCCCUGAUGAGGCAGCCUGAAAGUGAUUUUCAGAUCUGGCAUUUGAUGAGCCCUGCAAUAUUGGUCAACGCGACACCAACUCGCGGCUGGGGUUUGGUCGGUCAACGGGGGUGCCCAUUCCACUGCCAUUGGUGCGCUGGUUUGCAGCUUUGUGUGCCACUUCGAAAGGCUCGCAUGCUUCUGAUUUGGCAGCCUCCAAGGCUGGUUCGGUGUGGCUUCGAUUGGCGAUUUUUUAGUAGGGGACCGGUUGGCGUCCUGCCAUAAACUGGAGGAGUUGGGUGGAAAAGUUGAAGUGUGUGAGAGCAACCGUUGUUGUAUGCGGGACAAAGGCAACUCGAAGUGCACGGACUUGCGCUUUCUUCAAAUUCUGCAUGGUCAGUUCUUGAACCCGAUUCUGACCCCAUCUAUCAUCUGUCGACCCGGAGGACCAAAAAGAACACUCUGCACGAACGUAUUGGGUCUUGAUGGUCAUGUGGAUCUUUUGGGUCCAGCUUUAAACUCCAGGAGAAGGACGUCCCCCCCAAAGGAUCCGAAUUGCAUGUGAGGAUAGUGUUUCGCCUGAAAACAGUUUGUCCUGUCUGUGGCCCUGCACCAAAGCCCCCGUUUGCCUUGUGGCCGUCGUGAAAUGUAGGUCAGUUUCACGCGUCCCCUCCAUGCCCCCGACUGCCCACGCGGAAACGUCUUCUGCGACCGGAUCACUUAGAACACUGUGAGUUCUCGGGGGACAUCCAAUGGCUUAGUACGUGCAAGCCAUUGGUAAGCCAUUGGGCGAUGAAGGAUUCCUGUACGCUGAAGAAACGAAGAGAAGGGCCUGAGCAAAACAUCGCGAAGAGAAGGGCUUUCCGAAGAGAUGUAGUCCGCUGGAAUAUAUAAUAAUGUCAAUGAACUAGCAUCCAUGCGAAACCCUUGCAAAGGGAAACCGCGCACUGAUGAUCUUGUUUUUUGGAAAAGCAUGGACCGUGCGAGCACGCCCACAUGGUUGAGACUGGAAAUUGUUGACCAAACAUAUCUGAGUGAUGAUGUUGUUGUUUUGUAUUAAAAGGAGGUUCAUGCAAGGUCUGAUCAUGACCAGUAUCAUCGCUGAAUCAAGGCAAGGCGAAGCAGAGUUUCAACCAUUGGCUUCUGCAAGGCGGCAACGUCCGCUGCUUGUCAGCUCAAGGAUAACAACUUUGUCACACACACACACACUACAAUGUCACCAACUCGAACUCUUUGUUUUCUCGUGCCCUUCUUGUUGAUGUUUUUGAAUCUAAUUUCUUUUUCGUUGAGUUUGACUUGAAAGCGCUAGCUGAGCUUGGGAAACACUCCAGAUUGUCUAUUUCAUGUUUCGGUGGAAUCCGCAGACCCCGUGCUCCCUCUCUCACCCUCUCGAUUCAACCGCAGUCUCCCUGGACCUCGGUCCGACGACGAUCGUGACGACUCUUGAGACUCGUGAGUCAUGAAUGACUUCGCUGCCCGGGGUCGCUGCCCGGCGCUGCCGCCCCUAUGUCGGCCCAGCGGAAGGUGGGUGAAAACGCCGGGUUGGUGUUUUCUGUCGAGUGGUUGUGCCGAGGUGAAGAGGCCGUGCCGGAUUGAAAAGAAUCAAGAUGAUGUUGGAACAUGUAAAAGGAGCGCCUUUCAAGAUUCUAGCGCCUGAAGAGCUCAAGGAGUGCCCCCUUUUAUAGCUUUCUGAUACUAAGAGGCUGCUUUUGGUCAUCCAGUGCUCCAAAGCUGAGCCCUCAAACGAAUGCAAGAGGACAGGUCCUGCCCGAAAGGGACAGGAGCAGGCCAAGCAAGUUGCGCCCUUUUGGACCAGGCUGUUUGAUGAUCUCACCCGGUCUAUGGGCUGUGACCGCCAAAGACGCGGGCGCCAGGAGACUGGCACGGUGGAGCUCGCCUAGGGCACUGGCAGCAACCCCAGCUGCUUUUUUUGAUCGAGGUAAUCUUCAUGAUGCAAAAAAUCUGGUGCAGGGUCUGCAGACAACUCGAAAUGGGGUGAACAAUCCAAGAGAUACACCAGGCUAGGAAUUCGUGCACCUUUCACCGUUCUCAACAUGAAGGAGCCAUGUCGGAUGUUGGACUUCAGCUGACACCGGUGGUGUUUUUGGUCCCCUCGCCGGUGUCGGGCGCCUCGCGGGGCGCCUCGCCACAGCUCAGUCGGGUCCCCGAGGGCGGCCUGGCUCUGCUCUGCCUCGCCGCGAGCGCCGCGAGCACCGCGACGUCGGCGAGGGGAGGAGUGCCUUGGUCUGGAGCGCGAGGGGGUUCGGUGGUGCAGGAAAGAACCUGCCGUUGAUGAGUGAGAAUCAAGUCUAUGGAGAAGAUAUAUGAAGAUCAAUUACAGCACCUGGCACUGAAGACAGGCAUCCGGACCUUUGCUUUGAGAGCUCGAUCUUUGGAUUUGCAGCCUCGCUUUCCUUAACCACCGUGUGCUGCCAUUGGUUGAUCCUUUGUGUUUCUUGCGAGAAGCGGGCACGCAGGUGUGGGCAUGUCGCAGAGUUCUGUGCUCCAUGAUAGUGGUUAACCCACCGUUUCGGGUUCAGAGGCCAUUGAUGCGAUUUGAUCGAUUGGAUAAACUUGCGGGCGAGCUCUGAUUAUUUUGGGGAAGCUUUGGCGGUUUCUGGUAGCCAGCGGUGUUGAAAAAAGCGUGAGACACAGGUCAAAACACUAGUUGAUAUUUGAUAGAACCUGAUAGGAUCAUAAAAGCAUUAAAGACAGGAGGUAGGUGCGGGGUAGGGGUGUUGGUCAGGCGACAAUGUUGUUCUUGAUGACAUGGCAUUCAGUGCGUCCGCAAUUCUUCGAUUCGUUUCGUUGAAAACACGACUUGACCCAACAGUGAAAGAGUUCCAGUAAUCGCUUUGGACUAAGUGCACACAUGCCCUAUGAGUCAAACACUAUCAGCCAAGCACAACACUACACAGAUGUCCUUGGUGGACAUCGCCUUGAAAAAAGACUACAUACAUGUUUGCACGACCAACAGUCAGUUGCGUCCACUCCAUGAGGAAAAACCGGUGCAACCAUAGAUUUGUGGGCCUGGUCUCUCCAACAAGUCACGGGCCUGGUCUGAAGCUGGGUGACUCCCGGAUGAACUCCCUCCCGGUGGUGUGGGGUGGAACAUUUCGGGUGGGGGACACCCCUGCUCGCGGCGCCCGGCAUGUAUACCUGCCAAGUCCGCGACGUGCGAAACGGUGCGAAAGUCCGGUACUUUCCGCGAGCGAGGCCACAACCUUCAGCCUUCAUGAGGGCUUGGAGAUCCGAGAGGUGGAUUUCUCCAAAGGAGCUGGUGCUGGCGCUGGCGCUUGGCCCGCUCCCUUGGCCGCCUUUCUGGGCUUCUCGCUGGCGGCGCUGAUCAUGGUGCCCGCGGUGGUGGCGGGGCCCACAGUCGCCAUGCCCCCCGCCUUUGGUGUGCUCUUCUACCAGCUGGCCAUGCUGGCAGGGCAAAGCUGGUUCCCUUGCAUCGUCUCUGCGACCGUCGGGGUGCCUUUUGCGCAUGGACUGCUGCUUGUGCCAAGCAUUACCUUCCAGUAUGCCCUGCCGGCGCUGGUGGCAUCUGCUGCAGGACUCUGUGCUGCUCGGUAUCUGGGUGGCGUUUGGGCGCAGCACCUCUGUCUGCUGCUGCUGGGCCUGCUGUUGCUUUUCCAUGGCUUUUGCAUGUUGCGAGUCAUCAAGAUUGGCCGGUGGCAAUGAGCCUGCAGAGUCUGGCCUUCAUUCCAGCGAAGCAAAAAACAAUCAGCGCUGGUCGUUCUUUGGAGGGGUUCAUUGGGCCACAGCUGGGCCACAAGUCAGGAUGGGCCCAAUCUAGAUGAGCAUCCAUGUUUAAGACUAGGAUUCAUUUUUGGAAACUCUCCUUGGUGAGGGCCCUGGUUCGCCUUCUUCUCAUCGUUUUUGGAUUCAGCCAGGCGGAUGCCUCAAAGUCAUCUCAACACAGCGCCUCCGAUGUCCAGGUUUGUGGAGCCUGAAAACACGUUGGAAAUGGAUACCUGAUACCACCUAGAACUGGCCGAAACGAAGGGCAGCGAUGGUGAAACUGGUGCCAUUUUCUCAGGGCGGAGGGGAGUUCCUUGAGAAGACCAUGAGCCCUUGCCUCGUGUCCCAAAAACAUGCCCAGCAUGUCAUUCUCCUCACAAAACCUGUGACAGUCGGUACACCCGUGUCUUCCUCUCUUUAAAUCUUCAACGUUAAGAAACCAGAGUAGACAUUGGAAUCCAUGGUCUCUUGGUGUGGUAAACCUCAGCUUCAGGACAUCCAACCCCCCAACCUGUUCC